AUGGAAUCCUUCAGCCCGGGCCGUUCUUCGUCACGCCAAGCGCAAUCCCCAUCACCCUCGGUCGCAUAUGCUGGCGAUAGUAGCGUUCUUGGCGCAGGAAGCGGCCUCGGCGGGAGCAGCUCUGAUAAAGGCAAAAAUGGCGCCUCCAGCACCGGCGUAGAGGUCAAAACCGAUGAACAGGAUGCUGCUAUUGAGCGCCAUUCAUCGACUCAUCCAUUUGGCUCCAACGGCCAGAGUAGCCAGGUGGUGAGCGGAGCAUCCGAUGUCGAAAGCCAAACCACAACGGGCGCCGGUGCCGGUCGCUUGCCGCGACAGUCGAAUGAAAGUGACCCUUAUGGCCUCUCGUCUGCCUACAAGACGGACCUUGACCUGGAGGAGAUACGACCAUCGGGCUCCCGCAAGCGAAACACGGGCCGUGUUGAUAGCAAUGAUGGUGGUGUGGUGGCUGGGGAAGUAGCAACCAGCGAAACUGUCAGUGGAACAGCAGCUGGAGUGGCCAGCGGGCACGGAAACAAUACGAGCGAUUCAGGCUUGUUAGCCCGGUGUCUUCCGGCGUCGAUGGCAAGGCUUACAUCACUGUCUUUUGCACGGGCACCACGGCGUGCCCUGCAGACGCGAAGACUGAAGGGCUUCUACAAGUCGCAAAAUGCGGCCAUUGAGCGUAUGCUCAAGAGCGUUGAGGAGCAUCAGGCAGAGGCGCGCCAAGAGCAGGGCGAUGACCAGCUCAAGUACCGCAUCGCCGUGUAUGGCUCGUUCGUUGCCAACAUCAUUCUUGCAAUACUGCAAAUUUACGGGGCCGUGUCGUCCAGAUCGCUGUCUCUCUUCACGACCAUGGCGGACUCGAUUUUCGACCCCAUGUCCAACAUCACGCUCAUCCUCACGAACCGGGCGGUGAAGAGAGUCGACCCGGCACGCUUCCCAUCGGGCAAGGCACGGCUGGAAACAGUCGGCAACAUUGUAUUCUGCUUCCUGAUGAUAGCGGUCUCUUUCAUUCUGGUUGCGUUUUCGAUCCAAGAGCUCGUGGAGAGACAUGGGGAGGACUCCAAGAACAGAUUCCACCUGCCGUCGGUCAUCGCUGUGGCCAUCGCCUUCUGUACGAAGCUCGUCCUGUUCUUCUACACGUGGGCUCUCAAGGACAAGUACAGCCAAGCAAACAUUUUAUGGCAGGAUCACCGGAACGACUUGCUGAUCAACGGCUUUGGUAUCUUGACCAGCGUGGGCGGCAGCAAGCUGGUCUGGUGGAUCGACCCGAUGGGCGCCAUUGUGCUGAGCGUCGUGGUAGCGACGGUCUGGCUGCACACGGCCUUUUCCGAGUUUCUGCUGCUGGUGGGCGUUGUGGCUUCCGUGGAGACGCAGCAGCUGAUCACGUAUGUAUGCGUCACACAUUCGCCUGCGGUGCGCCAGAUCGACACGGUGCGCGUCUACCACUCAGGCCCACGGCUCAUUGCGGAGGUGGAUGUGGUGAUGGAGCGGAAUGCGACUCUGGCAGAGACCCACGACGUGGCGGAGGCGCUGCAGUCCAAGCUCGAGUGUCUACCAGAUAUCGAGCGGGCGUACGUGCAUGUGGACUACGAAACUACACACAAGCCGGAGCAUGCAUUGAAGAAGGACAUCUGA